AUCUGAUUAUGUUCCUUUGUUUUAAAGUCAACAAUUUAAAUCUGUAAAUGGAGUAAAAUGUAGCAUUUGAAAGGAAUCACUAGAUCUCUGUGUGUGUGGUAUGGAAUGAUUACCACAUGAAAAAUCACAUCACUGCAGAAGACAUGAGUUCAGUCCACUUAUGUUUCAAGAAAUAAGACUAUAUAUAUAUAUAUGUAUAUAUAUACACACACACAUAUAUAUAUAUGCUUUAUAGCCAAAUAUAUAAAUGCAUAGAACAGUACACAACAGAUGUUAAUAUAGUGUACGUUUUAAAUGAGGUAAAAAUAAGAAAAAUUUAAGAUUUUUCUGGUAAAAAGUAGAUGUCCCCAAAUUAUAGCUAAAAUAUUUGGACUUACCUAUUGAUCUAGAAAUGGGAUUGGCAUAUAUGAAAGAGUUCUAUUUUUGCAAUUUUAGACUCCUGAUAACUUUAUGGCUUAUAACUCUUGUAUUUUUCCAUUUUGAAAUACAGAAAAUUACCAAAGAAAUGGAUGACUUUCUACAAAAAUUGAGGCAGAAGGUCAAAAUCGGAGUAGUAGGUGGCUCAGACUUUGAGAAAGUGCAGGAGCAACUGGGAAAUAAUGUGGUCGAAAAAUAUGAUUAUGUGUUUCCAGAGAAUGGCUUGGUAGCAUACAAAGAUGGGAAACUCUUGGGUAAACAGAAUAUUCAAGGUCACUUGGGUGAGGCCCUAAUCCAAGACUUAAUCAACUACUGUCUGAGCUACAUUGCAAAAAUUAAACUCCCAAAGAAGAGGGGUACUUUCAUUGAAUUCCGAAACGGAAUGUUAAAUGUGUCCCCUAUUGGAAGAAGUUGCAGCCAAGAAGAACGCAUUGAGUUCUAUGAACUCGACAAAAAAGAAAAUAUAAGACAAAAAUUUGUAGCAGAUCUGCGGAAAGAGUUUGCAGGAAAAGGCCUCACAUUUUCCAUAGAACUAUCCUCACACCUUUGGGCAGAAGAUGUUAGUGAACUCCAUAGCAGAGAAAUAGGAUGAGAGCCUCCUAGAUAUAUUAGAGUUAAUAUGUUCUGAAAUCAUGUAGUAUUUGCAAAAGGCAAGGAACCUUAGCAGUCAGCUCAAUUGUUUCCACAAAUCAAGAAACUGAGGCCCAGAAAGGAGCGAGGCCUGGCUAAUGUAGCUUUAUUGGAUUGAGCUCAAGCCUCCGAACCAGAGGGUCGUUGGUUUGGUUCCCAGACUGGGCGCGUGCCUGGGUUGCAGGCCAGGUGUCCAGUCGGGGGGCACAUGAGAGGAAACCACACAUUGAUGUUUCUCUCCCUCUCUCCCUUCUCUCUAAAAAUAAAUAAAUAAAAUCUUUAAAAAAAUAGAAAGAAAGGAGCAAGUGACUUGUCUAGACUCACCAGACUUUUAUUAGCCAUGAUAGACCAGCACUCAAACAUUUCUCGUGGCUGAGACAGACCUCUUCCCUCAGCACUGAUGUCUCAGGCUUGUUUUUUGGUGGAAUAUGCCUGUCAAAUGAUUUAAGCGAGCUGAUUUCUCCUGUCAGUGCCUAUGAGUCAUCACUUAAAGCCCUUUCACUUUACUUUCUCUAAUAAAUGUGCAGUUGUGGGGAAAUGGGAAUGCAGAGGGAUGGUGUAUAAUAGAUGAAUGGGUGGGUUUUUAAGUAUUUUUGAACUGUGAGAUGAACAUCUUUCUGUGACAAAGCUGUGAAGGGGAUUUUGUUGCCUGUAAAUCACCUCCCAUUUGAUUUUCAUUUUUCUUUCUUUUAAGAUUUGGUCUCCUUAUCUUUAGAGAGGGGAAGGGAGGGAGAAAGAGAAGGAGAGAAGAAACAUCAAUGUGUGCUUGUCUCUUCACAUGCCCCACACUGGGGACCUGGCUCAAAACCAAGGCAUGUUCCCUAGACUAGGAAUCGAACCAGUGACCCCUGGUCCACAGGCUGGCACUCAAUCCAG